CCCAUCGCACGACUGGGCCUGCUCAGUAGCAGUGUAGCAGGCCCCUGUCCCCGAUGUCGAAACGCCUUCUCCUCUGCUUGCUGAUCGAUUAUGACAAGCCGAUGCCGUGAGAGCCCGCCGGAGAGGAGCCCAAGCCCGCCCAGACGAGGCCCCGUCCAGUCCGCCCAUCGAGAGGAUCUGGCCGCGGCCUCGGGCGACAAGCGCUGGAGCGCCGAGGAGCUGCAGUUGAGUGGCGCGCUGCUACCAGGAGAGACUUGGGGAGACCAUAUUGAUAGGAUAGACCCAUUGGAAGCAGAAGAGGGGAGAUCUUCUAAAAAUGAAGGAAACAUCCAAUCAGCUGAGGUUGAUAACAGGCCGCACUUCAGGUCUGAGCCCGAUGCCUGUCCGCCGCACCGACUGAGGGACCUUCCUCGGGACGACUCGCCUUGUGGCGCCGAGGAACAACCAGCCCCACCCCGGCUGGAGGUUCCCGAGGAGGUUCUCAGGAAGAUCAACACCGCCAGAAACGCCGUGGAUAAAAUCUUGGAACACAAGGCCCAGGCUACCCUAUACUUACAGGAUCUUGAAGACCAUCGACGCCUGGGAAGCGUACCGGAGCACCUGCGGCCCAAGACCGUCUCCAACACCGCGUUGGAGGCCGGUCUGUUCGGGCUACAGGACAAGUGGGAACGGUUCCAUCAAGACCUGGCCGUGAAGCUGAGAGAUGCUCAGAUAGAUCACUACCACACGCUCAUCGGACGUGCUGAGGACCGCAUCCUCGGCAUAAAAGUUGAGCUGGUACAAGAGCUGAGUGAGUUUGUACGAGACCCGGUUUUGCGGGAAGACUCCGUGAAACUGGCCUACAUCAAGCUGGACAACAUCGUCCACAAGCCGCGCAAACCCAAGCCGGCUUCCCCACAGGUCACCCGCAAAGUGAAGUCCGCUAACACCACCCCGCGGAACUCUCCCCAGAUGGCGAGGAAGAACACCCCCCGCCAGUCCGACGCCACCCCGCCCGCCUCUCCACUCCUCCCCCGGCGCACCAUGUCCCCCCUCCCCCCGAUGUCCCCCCCCCCCUCCCCCCGAUGCCCGGUAGGAGCCCUGCAUGUUUCCGUUCUCAGAACGACGAGGCCUCACCAUCCCCAGGGCACGUGCGUCCCCCGAGGGGAGCCCGACGAUUACCCGUCGCCCCUCCCCCGAAGCCGGGAUGUCCCCACCCCCACGGGGUGGUCCCUGGGGGCUGAUGCAGCAAGUCGCCGCGCGCGCCCGUCCCAGGGUUAGCCCUGGCCACCUACAGUUCCUUCCCUUCAACAUGUUCUAAAAAUAGUUCAAAUUCAAAACACAGUCAUAACAUCUUCUCCAAAAGCGUUUCGACGAGCAGCUUUCCCGCACCCCUUCCCCUUUUCUUUCCCUCCCCCAACCCUUUUCCCCACAAUAGGUAACGAUAGUGUUGAGUAGCCACCUGCUAGGGUGACGGACGUUGGCCCACGGGUGGGGCCGUCCCUUCCCCGGGGGUCGGUCGGGGUGGGGCGGUGGCCGGUAGCGUCCGGCGGGCCCCCGGAGAACACGCUCGACGGGAGCCCGUACGGGCACAACAGACGGUCUCUGGAGGUACGGAGCAUGCGUUUGGGCAUGCGCAGACGUAUUCAUGGAAGGACACACACGAGUGAAGAUUUGAGGGGCCGAUGCGCCCCCAAAAGUCAGCAAGAUAUCAUUCUUGGAAAAGAGAAAGAAAUGGAAGGCGUCAUUAUCCAGCGUUACAGUCCGCGUGGACACUGUGUGAGGCACAUAUCGGAGGUACUGUCAGUUUAGCUUGGACAGCGAGAUUUGGGAACGAGAGGUUUUCAGUACGAGUUCGAAUCUAGUCACGUGACAUCGUAACUGUCGACGUCUCCAGCCGACUAUCCUGGGAACGAGACCUAGGCGAGCCUAGGCUGGACAGGGCUGUUCCAAGCCUCGAGAGAAAAAAAUUGUGUGUACGGAAAAAAUAAGGAUUGAGUUCGCGCGGACAACGUUAGGAUACGUUGAGUCCGAUAUAUGCUGCACACAAAAGGGCUGUGUCAGCCUGUAUAUAAGGUGCAUUUCGUACCGAGCUGUUUUGCAACAGCUAAAACCAUUGCGUAGGUGAAAAAAUUGAUAGUGCAAUACAGAGAGCCUAUAGACUUGGGGCGACGAGGAGUUGGCAGAACUACUGACAAAAAAAUGCGUUUUUGGAGUGAGAGUAAUUUUUACUAUGGAGAACGAGGGCCCCACCCGUAAAUUUAUAUGACAGCUAUGUGAUCACAUAUCUGAUAUAUAUCGUACUUUUGCCAUCCACGCCUGUUUUAUACGCGGUUGUAUAAUUCCUACGAGCCGGUCCGUUACCUUUAGCUGUUUACAAAAAAGAAAAUAAAUCCCAUCUUUAGAACCAUA